CUCCGCGGCCGCACUGUUGCUCCACGUCUCCCACCUGCAGACCUGCGUGUACCCGGACGGAGAGGACAACCCUCACGGAUUCCUCCGCACACCUCUUAUUUGACAUUUGCGCUCAAAGAACUCCCUCCUCCAGGCUCCUCCCCGCGCUGAUUAAAUGCCCGCUCGGCUCUAGAGUCAGCUGCUGUUGAAGCUGCAGUCAUGACCGAGAGGCUGUAGAGUCGGACUCCUGACGGCGAGCGAGCGUCUGCAUCUGAGCUUUUUUUUUUUUUCCUUUUUGAUUUUUUCUCUCUCCCCCUUCUCAAUAUUUCGUGCGGCCUCGCCACCCACCCAAGACGCCUCAGCCAUGAAGACCAUUCUUGCUGCGUACUCCGGCGUCCUGAAAGGCACCGGCUCCAGCAUCCUCUCAGCCCUGCAGGACGUGCCAUCGGGGUUCUGGCCCUGCAGGUCCAAGAUGGAAAAGCAUCUCCAGGUCAUCUCGGUGCUGCAGUGGGUCUUCUCCUUCUUAGCCCUGGGUGCUACCUGCACUGUGCUGCUGAUCUACCUGUUCUGGACCGACUGCUGGCUGAUCGCAGCCAUUUACACAGCCUGGCUCAUUGUUGACUGGAACACACCGAAACAAGGUGGUAGGAGGUCGUCUUGGGUGAGGAACUGGACAGUGUGGUCGUAUUUCCGAGACUACUUCCCAAUCAGGCUAAUUAAAACCCACGACCUGCUGCCCAGCCGGAACUACAUAUUCGGCUACCACCCUCACGGCAUCUUCUGUUUCGGCGCUUUCUGCAACUUCGGGACGGAGGCCACGGGGUUCUCGAAGAAAUUCCCAGGCAUCAAGCCCUCCCUGGCAACGCUGGCGGGAAACUUCCGCCUGCCCGUCCUUCGAGACUACCUCAUGUCUGGAGGUAUCUGCCCAGUGAACAAGAACUCCAUUGACUACCUGCUGUCACAUAACGGGACAGGAAAUGCGGUGAUCAUCGUGGUCGGGGGAGCAGCGGAGUCCCUGCACUGCGCGCCCGGCACCAAUUCCGUCACCCUGAAGAACCGCAAAGGCUUUGUGAAGCUGGCUCUGCAGAAAGGGUCUGACCUGGUUCCAGUGUACUCUUUUGGAGAGAACGACGCCUACAAGCAGGUGAUCUUCGAGGAGGGAAGUUACUGGAGGUGCCUGCAGAGGAGGCUGCAGAAGAUUUUGGGCUUCGCUCCGUGUCUUUUCCAUGGAUGUGGCCUCUUCUUUGGCAACUCCUGGGGCAUCGUGCCCUUUAGCAAGCCCAUCACCACCGUAGUUGGGGAGCCGAUCACAGUGCCAAAAAUUGAGAAUCCAUCCGAAGAGAUUGUGGAUCUCUACCAUGCUAUGUACAUCAAGUCCCUCCAGAGCCUGUUUGACAAGUACAAGACCAGAUCUGGCCUGAAAGAGACCGACGUCCUGUACAUCCAGUGAGACGACGAAGGGCGACCUGCUGAAGCUCUGAGAAACUGUGCCAACGCAUUCAGACCUCUCUGCCUAUUCACCACCAUCCCCUCCUCAUCCAACCACGGUGCCUGGUUUAUCUCUGGACUGCAAACUCUACGCACGCACGUGUUUGCUAAAGAAAUCUCUUGUCACUGUCGUCUCUCUCUCACAAACACGCAAGCAUCGUUCCUUUUCAGGAAAAGGCAGGUUUAAAGAAUACUGGCCUCUCUGCUGCUCCUGUCAAGACAAAGUCGUACCAAAUCCCACAUCAGUCAGUGUGCCUUUUUUUCAUAAGGAGGCGUAAGCUGGAAAACAACGUAGAACUUCAAAAGAAGUGCCUUUUGUUUUCUCUCACCCGCGCAUCCAUACAGUUGUUUCACAGCUCAGUAUGAUCGUAAUGCUAAAUGCACAAGCAAUGCAAAUGGAAGGUACCACUUUAGUAUUGGGAUAGUGAGCCCAAAGUUUAAUUCAGCCAAAGACGAAUGUUGUCCCCACAGAUCCAUUUCUACUGUAUAAAUGCUGAAUUAAAGGAAUUCUACGGGGUGGAUUUAUGACACACAUGUGCCUGUAAUUGUACGAAGCCAUAAAGUAUUAAUUGUAUUCCGUAGAGGGAAAAGCUUAUUUUAGUGCUUGCCCCUCAACGAAUAUUUCUGAUGCACUUUUUGUAUUGCCGAUUACCCUCUGAGGACUUAGUCUCCACAAAAAUGCCUUUUGAUAUGAGAUUUUUCCCAAGACAGUCAUUGCGCUGCUUGGCCCGAUUUCGCCCCUUUUUGUCCUGCUGACGUCCAGGUCUCAUUCCGGAUGCAUGCAUUUCAUCUAUGCAGUGAUUUAAAAGAAAUGUCCGUAAGUCUUUUUUUUUUUUUUUUGGACAGUUUGAAAUUGCAGUGGAAGAAGGUGGAGUUGUUUUGUGGGUGAAAAUCUGUUUUGAAGCUUUUGACGAUUCCCGUGUAUAACGCGUCUCUUUGUAACCAUGCCAUUGGUGAUAAUUGAAGAAGAAGGGGGUUGCACAAAGAAAUUCCUUACUGGUAAUGAGUUAUAGUCGAAGGAGUCUCUAGGACUUUUGUCACGUAAGAGUGUGUGUGUAUAGAAUCUGUCGUGGGAAUCCUGAAAAUAAAAGGUUUGUGUCAUGUUGACGGGAAUGGAGAUUGUAAAAAAGGGUUGUCAUUUGGAGAGCUAAUUCCAGUGGUUUCACCACUGUGACUAAAGAGCAGUGUAAUCCCUGUGCAAUAAAUCUACAAUAGCAAUAAAUGGUGAGACCUGUCUAUCGUGAAUGGGAUCAUCUGUCUGCCAACGUUUAAAUUAAACUUUUGUAUGUUUUCAGAAGGA